UGGAGGGAGAACACCAUGGCCGCACGAAGCUCAACCUCGUUUCGAAGCAGGGCUUUGUCACAAGGUAGGCUACUACUUUGUUCCCAUGGUGAGAAGCCGGUGUUGCGAAUCUCGGGGACCAAGAAGAACCCAGGUCGCAGAUUUUGGGGUUGUGUCUACUUUGAGGUGCAAGAAGGCUACAAUUUCUUUCGUUGGGCAGAUCCAGAGACAGAGGUGGAACAUUCAGAAAUUGCUAGAAUAAGGAAGAAGCUUUCGAUGAUGAAAUCAAGAACCAAAGCGGCAGAGUGGAAGCUGAAGUUCGUUGCAGUUUUAGGAUUUUUUGGGUGGGUUGGGUUUGUAUGUUUGCUGUUGCAGAGUUGGUCUAAAGCAACGCAACAGUGUCUAAUUCCAUUGAACCUAGUAUGAAACAUGUGUAGGUGUAUUCUCCUGUUGUUUUUGUUGGUGAAUUGGGCUAGGAUUUAUCUAUUAGGGGGGUUCCUGAUUGUGUUAUGUUGAAUGUAUUUCAACAUGUAUAUAUGACUGUUUUGUAAGCAUGGUUGGAUAUUGAAAUGAGAGUGAAACUUUUU